AUGGCCACCUCCACCGCCACUCCACCGCCGAUCCUAAGUCUCGGAACGCGCGUCGUCGUCUCAGCCGGUAUAGGCACCCUUAGGUUCGUCGGUCCGACCAAUUUCGCGGCCGGCAAGUGGUGCGGUAUCGAGCUCGACGACGCGACCGGCAAGAAUGAUGGCUCGGUCAAUGGGCAGAGGUAUUUCACGUGUCGGAUGGGCAAAGGGGUGUUUGUGAGGCAUAGUCAGGUGAGGUUGCUGGUCGGUGGGGAUGAGGAGGGCGGUUCGGAGGCGAAGGCGGAGGUGAGUUUGGCGUACAGAGGUGGGGGGUUUGCGAGUUGGAAGUUCGGACUAGGUGCUCACAAACACGAGGUGUUGGGUCGUACAGUCGCCUACUCCGCUUCAAAGAGGGACCAGAACAGGAUCAAGCGUUUCGGGUAG